CGGCGCAUGCUCUGCAAGUUCAUUUCAUCCCAGGCUGCCGCGGAGCAGCAGCGUCCUGCUGAGAGAAGCCAUCAAGUGGAAAUGUUGUGCAUCUGCAGGGAGCCGUGGAGCUCCGCUGGUCGAGCGGCGGAGGCCUGAGCGGUCUCCACCUCCGGAUUAGAUGGUGGCACAAGUGUGCAAGAGAAGAUAAACAGAGGCUGUCCAGCCUGCACUGCAGAUAAGCUGUGAGUCUACUCUUUGGUUGACAUUGUUGCUUUUUUUGGGGCCUCUUUGUGUGCCAGACAGUGUUUGUGGGAGUAGAUGUACUCAUUAAUAAUAAAUGUGAUGGGCAGCAGCCCCUGAACUGUGGAUUUCGGCUGGGAACCGGGGCUGUUUGUUCUUCCAACCUCUAAAGACUGGAAAUUAUGGCUGACCACGAGGAAGCCGAGUUGUCCGAGUCCCUUCAGAAGGAGGACGGGUUUUCCAGCGAGCUGGAGGAGCCGGGCACGGACUUCAAAUCUAAAAGUUUGCCUGUUUUAAAUGAAGAGGCGCCUCAAGAGGAGACCUUACUGGCUAGUUCUGUGUCCAUAACGGCGGAGGAGAGCGCCGAGUUCAUCCAGCUCCCGGCCAAGACCGAGUCGUUUCAGGCCGAGUCCCCGACAAGAACGAACUACCUGCCUAAGCCGGGGAAGUCGGCGCUGAACAGGCCGAGCUCGUACAUGGAGAACACGGAGAUCCGCAGGAGUAAAAACAUGGCGAGAAGGAAGCCGCCGGGAAUUUUUGCUUCCAGGCUGAAUCGGAUUCACCUGCCCAGUCGGAAGUACCUGAGCGUUAUUUUGCAGGACUCUCGCUGCUUCCUGUUCUGCAUGUGCUACCUGACGUUCAUCCAGUCGCUCAUGGUGUCGGGCUACCUCAGCAGCGUCAUCACCACCAUCGAGAAGAGGUACAGCCUGAGGAGCUCCGAGUCCGGCCUCCUCGUCAGCUGUUUCGACAUAGGGAGCCUCCUGGUGGUCGUCUUCAUCAGCUACUUUGGUGGGCGGGGCCAGAGGCCUCGCUGGCUGGCGGUAGGUGGCGUUUUCAUCGCCGUGGGCGCCGCACUCUUCUCCUUACCUCACUUCAUCUCCCCGGCGUACCAAAUCCAGGAGGUCAACUCAUCCUCGGCCAACGAGGGCCUGUGCAUGAACAGCAACGCCAGCGGCAGGGACCGCGUCGACAUCACUUCCUGUCCCAGAGACCAGGAGGGCAACGAGCACAACCUGUAUGUGGCGCUGUUCGUCAUUGCGCAGAUCCUGGUCGGCAUGGGGUCCACGCCGAUCUACACGCUGGGACCCACCUACCUGGAUGACAACGUGAAGAAGGAGAACGCCUCGCUGUAUUUAGCCAUCAUGUACGUGAUGGGAGCACUGGGUCCGGCAGCUGGUUACCUGCUGGGAGGAGUCCUCAUCGGCUUUUACGUGGACCCCAAGACUGUCGUCAACAUCGAUCAAAGCGACCCACGCUUCAUCGGCAACUGGUGGAGCGGGUUCCUGCUGUGUGCCGUGGCCAUGCUGCUGGUCAUCUUCCCCAUGUUCACCUUCCCCAAGAAGCUGCCGCCCCGACACAAGAAGAAGAAGAGGAGGAAAAAGCUGAGCCUGGACGACCUGUCCAGCGACGACGACGUCCUCAAGGAGAAGAGCAACAACAACAACAAGAGCCAGGCGGUCACCUCGUCCAUGGGCUUCGGGAAGGACAUCAAAGACCUGCCCAAAGCAGCGGUGAGGAUCCUCAGCAACGUGACCUUCUUGUUCGUCAGCCUCUCCUACACGGCAGAGAGCGCCAUCGUCACCGCGUUCAUCACCUUCAUCCCAAAGUUCAUCGAGUCUCAAUUUGGCAUCCCGGCCUCCAGCGCCAGCAUCUACACCGGUGUGAUUAUUGUGCCCAGUGCCGGUGUUGGCAUCGUACUGGGAGGCUACAUCAUCAAGAAGCUGAAGCUGGGCGCUCGCGAGUCGGCCAAGCUGGCGAUGAUCUGCAGCGGCGUCUCCCUGCUCUGCUUCUCCACGCUGUUCAUCGUGGGCUGCGAGAGCAUCAACCUGGGAGGAAUCAACAUCCCCUACACCACCGGGCCGACUCUCACCAUGACCCAGAGGAACCUGACCGGGGGUUGUAACGUGAACUGCGGCUGUAAAAUCCACGAGUACGCUCCGGUCUGUGGCUCUGACGGCAUCACCUACUUUAACCCCUGCCUGGCCGGCUGCAGCAGCGUGGCCAACGACAGCACCGGGAUCCGUAACUACUCAGACUGCGCCUGCGUCCAGAGCCGGCAGGUCAUCACGCCGUCGUCCAGCGGUCCGGGCAGCAACCAGCUGCAGCUCGUCAUCGUCAAAACCUACCUGAACGAGAACGGCUACGCCGUGUCGGGGAAGUGCGACCGCACCUGCAGCACCCUCAUCCCCUUCCUCAUCUUCCUCUUCAUCGUCACGCUCAUCACCGCCUGCGCCCAGCCCUCCGCCAUCAUCGUCACCCUCAGGUCUGUAGCGGAGCAGGAGAGGCCGUUCGCUCUGGGAAUGCAGUUUGUUCUCCUCAGGACUCUCGCCUACAUCCCGACCCCCAUUUACUUCGGCGCCGUCAUCGACACCACCUGCAUGUUGUGGCAGCAGGACUGCGGCGUCCACGGCUCCUGCUGGGAGUACGACGUCACCUCGCUGCGUUUCGUCUACUUCGGCCUCGCCGCCAGCCUCAAGUUCUUCGGCUUCCUCUUCAUCUUCCUCACCUGGUACUCCAUCAAGUACAAGGAGGAGCGUGUUGAGCGCUGGCUGAAGCGCCACCUGUCGCCCGUCGACACCGUGGGCAGCCUCGUCUGCCACCCGGGCGGCCACAAGGGCCACGCCCGCACUCGCUCCUGCCCUGUCAACAUCCCCCGAACCGACCCCAACGCUCUGCCUGCCAACGCGCCGCCGCGUGCCGGCCCCCUCAACCGCGGCGUCAGCACCCAGAGUUGCCCCGGCAACGAGCUUAAAGCAAUAACUCCUCCCCCUGCAGCCGCGCCGUCACCUGCAGCCGCGCCUGCACCCACGCCGGCCCGUUCUCUGGAACACGUUUCAGUCCGAGUCUGAGUUUCAGAACGGGAGGGGGGGCGACGAGGCAGGUUUCACUGACGUUUUAUUCUGAAAUCCAGUCCGCUGGAUUUUAGCCGCCGUCAGAGGCGGCAGUCACCAGGUCCUGCUCUCAUCACAACUCUCGUGAAACACUCAAACUGGCUUUUCUGUUUUGUCUGCACCACCAUCCAUCAGCUGGGGGUCCUGGUCCAUUCAGGGGCUCCAGGUCUGCGGUGGACUGAUGAAAAGUUCGGGGUCCCUCCGACACCAAAAAUCUGCUUGGUUGGUGAAAACGCUGAAAGCAGCCGGGUGUUUUCUUUGUGAUGCAUCAGCCGGCGCAGCCGGCGGACAAAAGCUGCGGGAGGAGAGUUCAUCACUAACACCCCCCCCCCCCCCCCCCCUCCCCACUGUCACCUCGGCAACAUGUGCCUUCUGCCACCACAGUCCUCACAUGUACAGUCAGCGUCGAACACACGGACACACUGGACGCCCCUCAGACUGUGAGAAGAAGAGUCACCUGAACAGAUACCUCAGCGCCGCCAAUCCUCCCGCUUCCCCUUCGCCUCACGUCUGCGUGCUUCUUACCCUCAUUUAUGUUUUUAUUUCUCCACCGUCGUGCGAGCGAUUUAUGUUUUCUGGCAUAUCAGCGCUCUCACGGAACAAAAAAAAAAAAAAACCUACGGAAAUGUGAUACACUGCAACUAAGUGUAAAGAACUGGAAACCGAUGGCAUGGUGCUAUGUGAAAAACAAUGUUUAGUGUCCAUUUUUUUUUGUUUUUUUCUGUCUUUUUUGGUUUUUUAGGGUUAAAAAAACUUGAACCCAACUGGACAGCUGGACAGGUCACUGGGCUAAGCAGCUUGGCGUGCACAGAAUGCAUUCCUGCCCGAUGCAAGGCCUUUUGUUGCUCCCCUGACACAAUGACACGUAGUAUUACCGCUGGAAGUCGGAUUGUUUGGCUUGUGCCAGCUCCAUACAAUGCAGCCAUACAUCCCGGCUCUCGCCCUCCUGACUUGGCACCCUGAUAAGUGGUUUAACCUGAAAAGAACAGGAUCAGCGUUUUGUUUUUUUGACCGCGUUCCUGGCCGUCGAGUCUCCGGGGAUCCUCCGCACGUCUGGAAGAAAACGGAAAAGGAAAAAACAAAACUAUCCUCGGAGGAGAUUUUCAAAACCAGACCGGGAAAGCGCUCUGGCAUUUUGACACGCUGUGUUUCUGACUCACCACAAUCAUCCACGUUUGUACCGAACACGUAGGCAGACAAGUAGUCGACCAUCACGUAGAGGUCGUAGCGUAGUCGUCUUUUCUUCGUCAGCUCCGGAAAUGAAAGUUGCUGGCGAAUUUGGAUGGAAAGUUCGUUUCUUGCUCUGCGUCCUGUUGGUUUAUUUUUACUCUGUAGUCCCAAAAAUGUAUGAGUACAUGAUAUACAUGCAGGUUCAAGUGUGGAAAGUAAGUUUUUUUUUAUCCAAAAAUCUACGGUAAAAUAAUUCUUUAAA